AAGAAAGGGCACAUUUGCCAUUAUGUUACGCAAAUUACGCUUGCUUUAUUUGCAUAAUGUAUCGUUUCUGCAACUGGGUAUUGAUAAACCUACUUUGCACAUUAUCACAAGUUACUAAAUUAAUUCAUUUUAUGAUAUUGUUCAUUCAUUGAUAAUGAUUGCUUUGUCGAUGCAUAGCAUUUUUCCUAGCACUUUAUUUUUGGCACAUUGGCGGCGCGGUAUGUGCAGUCUGGCCCGCCCCCUGGGUGGGUUUAACUCCUAGAAUGUUGCUAGGAGACCAAACACAAACUCAUUUUGUGGAGAUCCCGCUAUCAUAUCUCUAGAAUUCACACAGUAUUGGCUUCCCAUUCUGAAUGAAGAGAGCGAAGUGGGCCGAGUGACACCAAAACAGCACCCCAGGAGGAGCUUGAGAGAGGAACCAUGCCAAAGAAGGGAGCAAAAAAGGGGGGAGCAGGGAAGCAGGCAGGGAUGACGGAGGAAGAGAGACUCUUGUACAUGCAGCAGAGGGCCCAGGCAGAGGACGAGAUGGCCAAAAGGAAGGAAGACAUGCUAACUCAAUUUCUCAAGGAUAAGCUGCAGAAGGAGGAGCGCAACAGUGCAGUGAACCUGCACAAGUUGACGCAGCAGUGGCGAGCAGUUCUCCGCCAGACACGGGCAGCUGAACUGCGCAGUGACAUUGCUGUGCUCAGCCAGACCUUUGAGAGGGUGCUGGACCGGAAGGACAGUGUCAUCAAGUGUUUGGUGUGUGACCUGAGUGAGGCAGAGCAGCAGUCAGCCCAGGCCCUGCGCUCUCACCUGGAGUGUGUGGACUGCCUGCUGGCCCUGCAGAAGGGUAGGCUGACAUCCCUGGAGCAGCAGUGGAACAGCGGCCUGGAGGGACUGAGCUACGAAUUCAAUUCUGAGAGGGAGCAGAUUCUGUCCCAGCACCAGCAGGAGUGUGCUUACCUGGAGGAUGUGACCUUUGCCAUGGAGCAGUUCUACAUGGAGGUAGACGGGGAGGCUCGCCAGGACUACCAGAGCACCAGAGACGACAUCAAGAACAGGAACAUAGAGGAGAAACAUGCGUUGAGGAUCCAGUUAGAGGGGACGGUGGAGGGCCUGUGGCGUCAGUUCCAACAGGCCCUACGCAGCUACAAUGAGGCUACAGAGGACCGUCACAUCGCCUUUGAGUCGUUGAGGACCCGCGACCAGCGCAGUGCCCAGGAGAUCGACACGCAGAUGAGGAGGCUGCAGAAGAUGCAGGACUCCAUAUCUGCUCUGCGCUCUAGGCUGAACUCCAGCCAGAAGGAGAGUGAGGGUGCAGCACGGGGCCUGAGGGCGGCCAGGGAGGAGGUGACCCUGCAGGCUCGCCAGCUCAAGGCCCAGCUGAGCCGUGCCCGCGCAGCCGAGAGGAACCAGCUCACCAACCUCACCGUGCACAGCAACGCUGCUGCCAAGAACCUACAGGGCGUCAUCACUAAGGGGGAGAGGCUGCUGCGUCUGGCUGAGAUGUGUCGUAAACUGGAGACAGAACAUGAGAAAGUCCUGCCCUUCUACACCUCAUCUCUCACUGCUGAGGAAGAGAGCCAGGAGAGAGCUAAUGCUAUGGAGCCUCCAUCUGAGGAGCUGGCACAGGCCAUGCUGGACUACCUGGUUCUGGAGCGGUUCUGGCAGCGUUAUAACAAGGUUCUGCUGGAGCGGCUGUGUUUGGAACGGGAGAGAGGAGCUCUGACCCAGGAGAACCAGCAACUGCGGAUCUUACUGCGCCAGUACCUGGAUGGCAUCUCCGUUAGUGACGAGAUCCUCCGCCAUCGCAACCCCCUGCUGAUGGUGUCACGGCCCACCCUCGCCGUUCAACCCACUGCUGAUGCCCAACGCAAGCGCCACACUGUCAUUGAGGCAGCACAUGUUGUGCAGCGCACGCUGUAGACUCAAUAACAGGCUCACAUCACACACCAUCACUCCUAGAUUAACUUCAAACUGCCAGAAUGCACUCCUUCUGACAGAACUCAAUUUCUUAUUCUAUUUGUGUGUUACUUCUUUCUACCAGGUGUCUUACAAUAUCCAUCAAAUAAAAGAGGACUAUUCCAUCUGAUAAUAACAACGUUCCCUUGUUGUUUUUACAUUUUAUUAUUUAAAUAGUUCUGUGAGUUUCCUUUAUUUAUUCUUUCUCUUCUUGGCCUUCUUGCCUGGCCGCUGGGCAUUGGCCUUGUUAUAGAGGUAGAGGCCCACCAUGCCCAGCAGAGUGGGAACCAGGCCCAGACACACUAGAGGGAA